CAAGGCGGUGCACUUCCUGGAUACUGGGUGCUGCGUGUUGUGGUUGUUGUACCUAAUGGUAGUACCUGAUUGAUUUCUUUCAAGGAAUGGUUCAUUUACUUCUGCAGCGACAGUGGAUCGGGCCGGUUCGUUUAGCGUUAACUCUCCUCGGACUCCCGCACAACUUCGUCACCUCGGGAAUCAGGCCCGCUCUCUCCUGCUCAUCUUAUUGCCCUCUGAAAACUAGUCAAACCAUCACACCCAUCAGCAGCAGCUGCUGUAACCUCUACAUGACCAGUGUCAAAACAAUGCCAUCCCCAGCAGCAUCUUUUGUGAAGUCCAGAUGCUCACAGUAUCCGGGGUCCAAAAUCAAACGCUUCUCUGUGCCCGACGACAAGGUGGACUGGAGUAAGAGCUGGCCACAGUAUAGCCCCCCCAGCUACACCGACCCUGCUGUUUUAAAGAAGCCAGUGUGGGCCGAUCCUGAAAUUGGCUCUUUCUCGCCUCAGUUCAACACAGUGGAUGGGGGUGUGGACAGGACGAGCUUUGAAGGGAAAUACAAAGUGGAAUCCGGGAAGCCAAUAAAUCCACGUGGGCGCACCGGGUUGACUGGCAGAGGCUUGCUCGGACGCUGGGGACCCAAUCAUGCUGCUGAUCCCAUCGUCACAAGAUGGAAAAUAGACGCCAAAGGAGCGAAGAUUCUUCACUCGGUCUCCAAACGACCAAUUCUGCAGUUUGUGUCCAUUAAGAGGAAAGACUGUGGCGAGUGGGCCAUCCCUGGGGGGAUGGUUGAUCCAGGCGAGCAGGUUUCUCUCACGCUGCAGCGGGAGUUCUCAGAAGAAGCCCUGAACUCACUUUCAGUGCCUCCAACGGAGAAAGCAAAGAUCCACGAACGCAUUAGCAAACUCUUCACAUCUGCAGGGUUUCAAGUUUACAAAGGCUACGUCGAUGACCCAAGAAACACUGACAAUGCUUGGAUGGAAACUGUUGCUGUCAACUUUCAUGAUGACUCAGGAAACAGUGUGAGUGAGCUGCCGCUGCAAGCCGGCGAUGACGCAGGACAAGUCAAAUGGGUUGAUGUCGACUCGUCUUUCGCACUCUAUGCAAGUCACUCCCACUUCCUGGAGCUGGUUUCCAAAGAAAGGAAAGCUCACUGGUAGCCAAAGACAAAAGACUCUUGUGAUAUAAUGAUGAAGGAAAAGUGAAGAGCCUCACAGUGUUUGUCAGUUUUUGGAAGCAUGACACCCUUCACCUUGAAUCCUCCCGCACCGUCAUUGUUGUUAUAAUAAUCCUUGUUGUAAUAAUCAAAUAUGCAUCUUACAAAUUUUACAUUCGUAUAUAUGUAAGCUAUAAAAUUAAUCCAGCAUUGCUAUUAUAAAGUGGAAAACUAAUGAAAAUGACUCAUGAAUUGAGCCAAUCAGAAAAGUGAAAAGGACAAGCAGCAGAAAAUGGAUGAAAAAAAAUGGAUGGACCUGCAAGAAGCAAUCUGGAAUGACAAGUGUCAUCACGUUAUUUCUAUUACCACAUAUUAUGCUAAUUUAUUCAGGAUCCCAUUAACCAAAUCCGACCGUGCACGUAUUAACACAAAGAGCUGAUGAACGUAACACCUCUACACUGAUUUAAGUGUGAUGAGAGGAGGAAUCAGAAUUUUAGAAAAGUGGAGUUUGGCUUUGAUCUUUAUGAAAAGGUAAUGAAGGUGUACAGGAGUGUCCGUCACACGGCGGCCCAGCGGUGCUCUGAAACGACACCGACAGACCAAAGCUCAAAGACAAACAUGUUACCAAGCGAUAACAGACUGUCGACGCAAAAGGCCAUUUCACACUCGACAGCCUGCCUUUCCAAAUGUUCCCAUGAGUACGUGUCAUCUCAGCGAUGAGACGACUUAUCAAUGACAAAUUUCUGCAUGAAAGGGAGCCUGUUAAACCAACACUCACACAUGGACGUCUCCGUUAUCCAAAGGUCAUCAACAACAAACAGCUAACUGUAAAAUGAUUCAGCACUGAGUACUCGCUGCAUGAUAUCUGCUCACAAUAAAACAAGAACAUCUUCCAGCUGAUUCUUCUGUGUUUGUGCUAUUUUCUGUGUGCAGCUAAGCUUUUGAUGACAUGCAAAAAAUACUUGUAAUUGAUUUCAUUGCGAUCAAAUAAACGUA